UUUCUGACUAUACUUGUACACAAGAACGUAAUGUAACAAAAAUUAUACAUAUUAUGAUUAUGUAAACUUUAUAUAAUACGAAAAACAAACGCGGUUUGAUUUAGCUUUGAGCAGAGUUUAUUGUUACAAUGCUAGAUAGAUAUAUUGUACAUAUAACGCUUAAAACAGAGCCUUUAAUUUCUGUUGGAACAACGCUCUAUUAUUGAACGCGGAUCACACACGUCGCUUAUUCUUUCUCCGAGUUCGAAGAAAAGGAGGAAAGAGGCGCAAAGCGUCUCUCGACAGACGGCUACUCGCGCAACAAGCAGCAAUUCACCUGCAACACGCGUGACGCGAGACGCGAGGGCACCUGAGGGCACCCUACCAACCACUAGGAACGGAAAGUAUUAAUUUCAUAUCGUAUAAGUAUUAUUUUUUCCGAUCGAUAUAUUCAGCUAUAAGCUAUAAGGUACUUUGAAGGGAAACUUGGAAAACCGGCAUCUGAGAAGCCAGGGAAGCUAGGAAACGUCAGACUACUUUAUAAUAGCUACUAUAUAUAUAAUAGCUAGUGGACAUGGCACUUACAAUUAGUGUCAAGAGAACAAAUGUUACAGCUCUAACCACAAGAACUACGUGUCGAUCAUCGCGAGAGAUGCAAAAAUGACACAUGCAAAAUUAUUUAGCGAGAAUCGGCAGGUACAUAGUGACGGUUUUAUUACGAUUCGAGGGAUAGUCUUUUUUUCUCUUUUACGUCCGAUAGUAGUAGCAGCAGCAGCAGCAGCUCUUAUAAUUCGUAAAUUCGUUGAUCGUGAUCGUGAUAGAGGAUACAACCGGUUGUUGAGAAAAGUUUGGAUUUCGAAUUGAUUGGCUGACGGCUGACGGCUGACGGCGCACGUGGGCCAAGCCAAGGUGUGCAGGGUUUCUCCGGGAGCUAUGGAAACUAUUUCUAGCCAUUAUUACGAUGUCGUUUAUAAAAUAUCAUCUCUCACCGGUAUGUGGCCGUAUCUAAGGCCAAAAACAAGAGCGUUACGUGUCGCCUUGUUAACCGCAGCCUUAUUAACUAUACUCGUACCGCAGCUAGCAUAUCAAUUUAUGUGCAAGAGAAACUUGCAUUGCACUUUUCAGGCAAUGACAGCGUACUUACUGUCAAUCGUGGCUCUAUUGAAGGUGUACACCUUUCAAUUCAACACUCGUACAAUUAAAGGCCUCACUCAGCCCUUGUUCUGGGCGUGGAAAGAAUUAAAUACUUCUGAAGAGUAUGAAAUUAUGAAGUCUUACGCCGCGAAUGGUAGACGAUUCUCUUUGGUAUAUUCCGUAUAUUGCUUCGCGGCGAUAAUGGUGUUCAUGUCAAUGUCCCUUAUACCGUAUACCCUCGAUAUCGUGCUGCCUCUCAACGAAUCUCGCCCCGUAUUACCGCCGUAUCGAGGAUACUACUUUGUCGAUAUCCGAGAAUAUUUCUUUCAAAUAUUCUGGCAUGCCGUCGUGGCCUGGGAGAUUGUCAUAGCCGGUAUAAUUGCCCACGAUUGUUUGUUCGUAACGUAUGUCGAGCAUGUUUGCAGCAUGUUUGCUAUAACCGGAUUUCAUUACGAACAUUUGUUUCACGAUUGUGAGAAAAAAAUUGAAUUUUUGCCAUCGAUAAACAGCGACGCGACAUAUUCCAAGAGAGUUGCAUUCCUCGUGCGCAAACACCGCGAAGCUUUAGAAUAUGCGCAACUUCUCGAAGACACGUUUACCGUACCUUUUGCUAUGCAGAUGUUGAUAGUAACGAUAGGGAUGAGUAUUACUUUGCUACAAAUUACGCAGGACACUAGCGAUAUCUUAGAAGCAACGAGGUACGUGUUCUAUAUCGUUGGUCAGCUGAUUCAUUUGUUCUUCCUUAGUUUCGAAGGGCAAAGGUUGAUAGAUCACAGCCACCAGAUACACGAUAAGAUGUAUAGCAGCUCUUGGUACAAAGCAUCCAUGAAAUUACAAAAGAUAGUCGUGCUAGUGAUGAUGAGGAGUUUUCACCCGAGUUUCUUAAGUGCCGGCAAAAUUUAUAUUUUCUCGCUACAAAGCUUCACUAUGGUAAAGAGAAAAUUGUUUCGGGUCGCAAACCGGUUGUCUUUAGAAGAUUUCUUAUAUAUAAUGACACACGAUGCUCUUGCUUUAAAGAUUCUACAAACCUCAAUGUCGUACUUUACGGUACUCGCAUCCUUUCAAUAACCACGUAACUUCCUAUGU